UAUCAUUUGCAAUGUCUAUCUAUCUGCCUAAAAGCCUAGGAUAAGGCAUCAUAAAGAGUCUAGGCUACCCAUUUGGUUCUUGACAAAAAACGAGACAGAACAAAGUUGUCUUGUCUAGGUUAUGCAUCACCAUUAUGUGCAAGCUGUUCUUUCUGCAGUUUUCAUUUGUCUGUGCUAAACUCAGUCUCCAGAGGAAACUAGGAGAGCAAACUUCAAAGAAGUUAAAAAGAGCCACACCUAGCUAUAUUUCCCCCCACAAGCUUGUCAUAUAUCACUAAGUAAUUUUAUUCCCAUAAAUUGCCUUUCUCCAUGGAAAUGCAACAAAUUUUUAUAUAUAUAGGCUGGUGAAGUACUUAGAUAUUUUGUGUUGUUGUUGGUUUAGCCUCUAGGUAGACACAAGUAGGCAUAUUUAAUCCUAUUAUCUGUUUCAGUAUUGUCUCUGCACUUAUCUUCCACUGAGUUGAGUCUUUUUCUCUAAGAACCAAAACAUUGUUUCUUAGUUCAACCAGCUAGAAUCACUUUCAUAAUUUUCCCUUCUUAUGGUGACUGAUAAGAUGGUGGAUUAUCCUCAGUUUCUUAAUCUUAUGAACAAAGAAUGGCUAGUAAAUCAUAAAGUCUCAGAGGACAAGAAGUUGGAACUGAGGCUUGGUCCACCUGGGGAAGCUCUAGACUACAACAGAAAUACAACUCAUGGAACAAAGAGAGCUUUCCAACACACAGCUGAAACAAGAACAGGAGAGAAAGAGUGGCCCGUAGAUACUACCAAAAACCAAUGCCAAAAGAUUUCUUGUAUUGAAAAAAUAGGUGAUAAAGUUAAUCUUCCUCCAACUCCAUGGUCCUCAGGUUCUACAAUAUAUUCUGCGUUUUCUAAAGACACCAAGGAGGAGCCACAACAUUCAAAGGCUUCAUUUUUCCGGAACUUACCAGUCUCCAAGAAGCUUGCUGGAAUGGCUGAAGACUUUAAGCAGCCAUGUAGCCCUAGGAUGGCAGUGGGAGAGGUUCAGUUUGCUGAUGGGAAAGCAUGUUGUAGUCUUGCUACUGCUGAUCCAGAUGCCUCCACUAACAUUACCUCCAAUAAAAGAAUUGAAUAUUCCCCAGUUGUGGGGUGGCCUCCAAUUCGAUCAUUCCGGAAAAAUAUUGCGAGCAACAGCUUGUCCAAGCCGGCUUCUGAAUCCUCAAAUGACAAGGACACUGGAGGAAAACCAGAAAAUCCCAAAACUCAGUUAUUUGUAAAGAUCAACAUGGAAGGAAUCCCUAUUGGAAGGAAAGUAAAUCUCAGUGCCUAUAACAGCUAUGAGGAACUCUCACUUGCUAUAGAUGAUCUAUUCAGUGGUUUGCUUGCAGCUCAAAGAGAUCCAUCUGCCACCCAAAACGAAAGCAAGGCCAAGGAAUCAGCGAAAGCAGAAGCUGGUCCAUUAGCUGGAAGUGGGGAAUAUACCCUAAUUUAUGAAGAUGAUGAAGGAGACAGGAUCCUAGUUGGUGAUGUCCCAUGGAACAUGUUUGUUUCUACUGCAAAGAGGUUGCAUGUAUUGAAGAGUUCUGAACUUUCAACUCUACAAAUUUGCAGCAAUGAGAAAGAAAAGGCACCAUUUGAUCCUGCUGUUCAUAUUUGAAGUUAACAUUUAAAAGAGGAUGCAUUUUCUUAUGUUUCAAGUGAAGAAGUUGUGGUGGCAUGGAAGUUUGGGGUUUCAAAACUACAAAUCUAUGAUUUGCAAUCCAUUUCAUGAAAGUUGGUAUAUGAGCUAUGAUGUUCAUAGAAUAAGUUUGUGAAUAUAUUUUGAUGGAUUUCAAAUUUAAUGUUGCUCUUCCUUUUUAUGUACUUGUAGAGGUCAACUAGGUAUUUGGAAAUGGAAACUUGAUGGGACUUUAUAAUCUCUUUUGACAUGCUUGUAAUUGACUUUUAAGAUUUUGUUUUAAUGAUGUUUAGAAUGUUUUGUUUUCUAAAA